UAGAAGAAGACAGUAGUUUUCCUGCGCACUCCUCCAUCAUGUCCUCUUCGUUGCGCACCAUGAUUUCGCGCCUCUCGCUCUUUCGUCCGGCGCACAUCAGAUAUGCCGCUGCUGCGCACUUUCAUGCAACGUCAAACUGCAGUGGCGCAAAAGUCGCUGUUGUGUUGUCUGGUUGUGGUGUUUUUGAUGGCACUGAAAUCCAUGAGGCGUCAGCAAUCCUUGUGCAUCUGAGCCGUGGAGGUGCAGAGGUUCAGAUGUUUGCUCCUGAUGUAUCUCAGAUGCAUGUAAUAGACCAUGGCAAAGGUCAGCCUUCGGAGACCGAGUCUAGGAAUGUCUUAUCCGAAUCGGCACGUAUCGCCAGGGGCAAUAUCACUGAUCUGGCCAAGCUGAGUGCCAGUAAUCACGAUGCCAUCAUCUUCCCUGGUGGUUUUGGUGCAGCUAAAAACCUGUCAACAUUUGCCGUUGAUGGGAUGGAUUGUGAGGUGAAUAAAGAAGUGGAGCGGGUUUUAAAGGACUUCCAUAAAGCAGGAAAGCCAAUUGGGCUGUGCUGCAUUUCUCCUGUGCUGGCAGCUAAAGUUCUCCCUGGUGUGGAUGUGACAGUGGGUCAUGAGGAGGAGCAAGGUGGGAAGUGGCCAUACGCUGGUACCACACAAACCAUUACUGCACUGGGAGCCAAACAUACUGUAAAAGAUGUCACUGAAGCUCAUGUGGACCAGAAGAAUAAGGUAGUGACGACACCUGCGUUCAUGUGUGACACAAAGUUGCACUUGAUUUUUGAUGGGAUCGGUGCCAUGGUGAAAGAUGUCCUGAAGCUCAGCGGGAAGUGAAAAUUCAGCCAGUAUAUCAGUAUCUUCACAUUCACUGCAUAGAGUUCAUCAUUCUUAUAAGAUAUGUAUACGACACCAUAAAUUCAAAACAUAGUAAACGUAAGUGCAGUGACUUGACAGACAUUACUAAUCAAACGUGUCUGCCUGACAGUAUUAAAUGGUAUUUAGCUGAAUAUCCAGCAGAGGGCACUCUCUGAUUUUUAAAAUGUUUGAAAAAAGAAAUGUGAAAUGUGAGUGCCUCUAGGUUUCUCUGUUGUGAAAUAUUUCAAUUUUACUUGCAAUUUAAUGUAAUAAAUACUUGAAAUGGAGAUUAGAUCAGAGUACAAACUUACAAUGCACCAAAAAAGCUUGAUGUGUGUUAAUUAUAUUUAAGUAGACACAGUGUGUGUUGAAAUAUGAAAUUUGAAUAAAGAAUAUAUAAUUUUGUUAAAGAAUGUCAGUGACAAGUUAUUUAAUUAGCAAUUUAAUAGCAAUUAGUUAUUUAUAGAAAGCACUAGAAAGUAGUACUGAGGUAGCAAUUGAAAAGUAAUUCUUUUAAAAAAUGUAUUUAGUAUUUGCUAAAGAAUUGAGCUGUUCUGCAUUAAGUUGAAAAUAAAGAAAGACACUUUAAUUUUGCUUUUUAAUUGAGUUAGCACACAGAGUGAACAUUGCAGUUUGAAUUUGAAUCUUGUACUCAGCAUACAGCAUUUAAUACUGUAUUUUUUCUGGGAUGUUAGUUAUAUUUUACAGUUUUGCUCAGUCGCUUUCGUAUAUAUUUCUUAGACCAGAAUUGAAAUUUGCAAAACAGUAAGUAUGGUAAAUACAGAUAGCAAAACACCAUGCAUUACCUGCAAAAGCCUCUUGCUUAAAAUCCUUAUUUCAUCUCUCAACUAAAUUUUCUGGGGCAAUGAAUGUGUCAAUGUCAUCAGAAUGACAAGUCCUGCUGUCAUUGUGUUUGGAUAAAAUGGUCAAAUUACUCAGUCAUGUUGUCAAUAUACUGUAGCAGUGAACUCUGAAGGGGUAUUCUGAUGUAAACUGUGGCUAAUAUUUUUUUCUUUUACUGUAUGUACUGUUUGUUGACACAUCAUGUCAUUGUGAUGCAUAAAGGAAAAAAAAGCACUGCAUAACACAAAUAAAACAAAACAAAAGUAGAAAUGUCAACAUAGGACAAUCUACUUUUAGAUACACCUUUAUUAGAAAAAGCCAAGAUUCACCUGUAAGAAGUUUACCAAAUCUAGACAGAUUUAGAACAAAAAGUCUUAUGGAAAUGCAUAAUGACAAAAUAUUGAACAAUGAACGUGAACCAAGGAUCAAAUGUUGUGGUCGGUGAGACUAUUCAACAGAGACC